UGUUGAACUGUUAAACACUUAUCAUAUUGAGCUUUUGAUUGAUAGUUUAUUGUACACUGGAUGAAUUAUUUACUGAAUAUUUAUAAUGGAAAGACCGGAUUCCCAAGGAUUUAUCAAUGUAACAUGGCCAAGCAAAACUGUUCCCCACGGUGGUAUUUUUCAUUCUCAGAUUGUGGAACCAUCAACUGAUAAACAACAAUUCUUAAAAGUACUUUUGGAAGAAUCUAAGCUCACCAUUGCUCAGCGACGUAGCGCGUAUACUCUGAGACGAGAUGACCAGAAACCAGAUCAUCAGAUUUACACUGGACCACAAAUGUCAACAGUGCGGCCGCGCACCUCCCGCCGACGUUCAUUAUCUGCUAUCAGGGAAUCUGGAGUUUUUGAAAUUGAGCCAUAUUGUCCAUUAAAACGAGGCGAAGAUCGGGAGAAAUUGAAGCAGAAUUUGGCGAAUUUCAUGGAACACGGUGACAUUCCGCAAAAAGUGACUUCACCACCUCGAUCUGUAAAAGCCAUUCGCAAAUUACCCACCAAUAAAGAAAAAUGGAAUGAUCUUGUAACUCAAAUUCGGGAGCGGGCCGAGUGGCUUGCUGAAAUGGAAUAUCUUGGUGAGGCGGGACAGCACCGGGAUAUUAUAAAGGAUCAGAUAGCAGAAAGAAUGCGAGCAUUGGAUGCGCUGGGCUUAGAUGAGUACAACACAAACAGAUCUACUGACUCCGGAUUCAGUACAGUGAGAAGUACAGAGAAUAACCAAAUGAGUGUUAGAAGUAAUGGCAGUGUGGCUAAAUCUGUGUCCUCGACACCUUCUACUAAGAUGCAAAGGAAACUCGCACAGAAGUCUGCAAUAAGGCAUAAAAUUAUUGAAGAAAAUGUUUCAUCUUACAGACAAUUAUCUCCACUACAGUAUUCAGCAAGACGUCGUGUUUAA